GUUGUAGAGCUGUCUUGGACUUAAGAUAUCGCGUUCUUAUGGCGUGACAAGAGUUGAUCAAGCGUCUUCCCCCGCACCCCUUCCUUCAGCGAGGGGGGGCGUAGAGACAAGAGACCGAAGGAAUACUCUCGACUGGGGUGGAUGGUUGAUGGAAGUGGUUUUCAAGGGCAGGGAUGGGGAAUCCGUGGCCUUUCAGAUGUUGUUGGACGCCCAACUUCACAGCAUAGUCAGGGAUGAUGGGAAUUGUAUUCUAGCAAUAUCAGGAGGGUCACAGGUUCUCCGCCCCUCUAGACUAAAAGAGAAGGUUGACUCUCAGUAUUAGGUUAUACCUGUUAGAUUUCCUUUAGUCCUCCUGUUCUGGAAAUCUCUGCUUGAGAAUGAUGUGCUCACCGUCACUAGUUUUCAGAUUAAUUCCCAUCUUCAUUUGUGCUCAAAAUACUUGAGAGAAAAAGUGUUCCAUGGAAGGUUGGAUGAUCCCGUGUGUGUAAAAUAAUAUAGGGGAAAUAAGUGGGAUAAUAAUAUAGGGGAAAUAAGGGGAAAUGAGGAUGUGGCUGGGCAUCUGUCUGUUAUAAACAAUACACAAUAAUUGUUUAACUACUGCAAUGUAGUUUACAGUCAGGCUAGAUAUGUUUUAUUAUUUUUAUUUAUUAUUUGAUUUAUAUCCCGCUCUUUCUCCCAGCAGGAGCCCAAAUAAAAUAUGCCCAAAUAUAAAAAUAAAAUAAAAAGCCCAAAUAGGUUAAAUACUUAAAUCUAACUUUCCAGAUCUGGUUGUAGUUGUUUUGAUAAUUAUGUUAAGAAAGACUGCCUCCUUCCCUACACACCCAUUUGGGUGUUAUGAUCAGCAGAGGGAGCCCUUUUGGUAGUUACACCACCCUUGGAACCUCUCUGUGGUGGCCCCCUAAGUUGUGGAACUUGCCACUGAGGUGUGUCUGGCAACUUCAUUGUACAGUUUUAGUGUUAUAGUCUGAGAUGUCUCAGCAGAAAAAGAACGUGCUUCCUUGGAUGGGUGUCCACUCAUUUUGGAUCAUGUUUUGUGUGUGCAUACCAGAAUGCAUGUAUGCACAGAAAACAUGUCCUGAGGUCAGGCAACAGUUUUUGAACGAUGGCUUUCACAGAAACCUUCUGAUUAAGAUUAAUCUCAGUACAGCUGAUGAAAGCAUAGGAAGCUGCAUUGUAGCAAUCAAGGUACACUUUCCAAAAGGACUAUAUGUGGAUCCAUAUGAACUGACAUCUUUAAAAAAGCACAAUCUCACUGAGGCAUUGGUGAUUGCAGAUAAUGUGGAUUUGGAAGCUCCUGAGUACUUAGCAGCUGACAUUUCUGUCCUUGUUUACAUGAGACCUGACCCUGAAUGCUUUUCCUGUUUUAGAGCAUUAUUACCUCUGCACUGUCGAUAUCACCGGCCAGCAGAGAAUGAUGGCGAAAUCUCUACUGUACUGAAGAGUCCAGAACUAUUAAUCCAUUGCCGAAAAUCUCUCCUAUCACUGGAAUGUUUGAAAGAAACUGAAAUAGAAGCUCCAUGUUCCCAGAAGGAUAUGCAUAUGUGCCAUUGGGAUAGUAUGAAGUUCGAAACUGUAAACAAAGAAUUGAAACUGCAGAUCCCAGUUGGGCUCAAAUAUCAUCUUACAUUGGUAUGCACAGUGACUCUUGCCACCACAAUAUUGUGUUCCAGUCUUAUCCUUUCAGCUAUAUACAAGCAUGGUUGCUUCUCCUUUAUUCAGAGCUCAUGGUGAAACUAAGCAAGAUUUUAUAUUGAAUCAUCAUGGAAAAACUGUCUAAAUACACUAGACAAAUCAGAGAUGGGAACAGAAGAACAGGCUUAUGGCUGGCCCAGCAUUACAGACUGGGAGUAAGCCAAGUGCUUCUUGUUUGAUUGUGCAGGUGUCAUAUCCUUGGCUGUAUUGCUUUUGGUCUAUUUUCUAAAAAAAAACCCCAAUUUUAUUCAUGAUUUCUGAAUAGGCUGACCUAGUAUCAGAUAAAUAUCUGUCUGCAAAAUUGUCAAAAUUUGAUUCUGUGAUAGUGAAAGCUGCCUACUUACCAACAAUUCUAAUAUCACCAGUGAUGGGGGAGAGAUUUUUAAUAAUGUGAUUCUUAUUUUAUGGAUCUUCAAUAACAGAAAUGAGUCAAACAGACAAAAGUGAAUUCUAAGUGGCAAUAAUGCUUUGGAAGGAAGCUUUUAAAGUAUUAAGUUUGGAAAUCAUAAAAUGUCAAUGUACUGCCUUAAGUCAAUUCCAACUUACGGCGACCCUAUGAAUAGGGUUUUCAUAGUAAGUGGUAUUCAGAGGGGGUUUACCAUUGCCUUCCUCUGAGAGUGAGAGGCAGUGACUGGCCCAAGGUCACCCAGUGAGCUUCAUGGCUGUGUGGGGAUUUGAACCCUGGUCUCCCUGGUCAUAGUCCAACACCUUAACCAUUACACCACACUGGCUCUCUUGGAAACCAUAAACUGGAUAAAUAUGAUGCUCAGAAGGGAUAAUAGGACAGGUGGAAUUAUUCCAGGUUCAGAGAAGACACUGGAUGUAAAUAGUGUUGAAAAUAAAAGGAAAUACAGGGGGAAAAUUGCUUCAUUAAUAGAAAAACUGAGCAGGCCCAAAGGUUCUUAACUUUUCUAUUCUCAAUUAGCCUCACAUAUCCUUAGGGGGCAGCAAGUGCUUGCUAGCAUGCAAAAUAUUAUUAUAGGUUCAAGGGAAAGAUGUGCCAUCUCCCAUAUCUGUAGAGAGUAUUUAUGAAUUCAUGGAUGGAAUAAAAGAAAAGACCUUUUUUCAAAUUCUAUUUCUGUAGUGUAUAACUCCAGUUUACUGCCUGCAGUUGUAUCAUUUGCUCGUUUCUCACCUGUACUGGUCUCCUUGUCUCUGAAUUAUUGAGAAUUCUCUUUAUGUCUCCACCAAAACCAUGUAAAAGACUGGUUUUGUGGCAUCUUUCACUAUUGGCUGAUGAGAUGCUGUAACACUGGUCUUUUGUCCUCCCUGUACAAAGUGCUGAAUGAUGAUAGCUGAGGCAAUACUUCAGCUACUACCUCAGGUUCCCUGUGAAGAUUGCCCUGCAUCUGUUUGGGGGAAGGGAGCCAAUAAAGAAAAAUUGCAGUUGG